CGACCGGGCAGGCCGGACUGAGGGGUAGCGGCAAAAAGCAGAGCGCCGCGAUCUCUGUCGGGAAGCGCAACCUCCCCGGGCCCCGCGGGGCCGCGCAGGGGGCGUCCUCAAGCCCUCGCCCGCUCCCUCUUUCCAUCUUCUGCCGCCCGCAGGCCACCCCGGGGCCCGGUCAUCCGCGCGCUCAUCCUCGGGCUCGGGCCCGUCCCUGGCCCUCGAGGGAGCCGCCGCCUUCAUCGCUGCCUCUGCAGCGGCCACACCAGAGGCCGCCCAGGCGGGAACCCGGCGUGAGCAUCGGGCGCCCCCCUAGGAGUGCACGACCCCCGGAGCCGCCCUCAACACGGACCGCGCCCGCUGGGCACACAAGAAUGGUCACUCAGAUACUGGGGGCCAUGGAGUCUCAGGUGGGGGGGGGCCCGGCCGGCCCGGCCCUGCCCAACGGGCCACUCCUUGGUACAAACGGAGCCACUGAUGACAGCAAGACCAACCUCAUCGUCAACUACUUGCCCCAGAACAUGACCCAGGAUGAGUUCAAGAGUCUCUUCGGCAGCAUUGGUGACAUCGAGUCCUGCAAGUUGGUUCGGGACAAGAUCACAGGGCAGAGCCUCGGCUACGGGUUUGUGAACUAUUCUGACCCCAACGAUGCAGACAAAGCCAUCAACACCCUCAACGGCCUCAAAUUGCAGACGAAGACCAUCAAGGUGUCCUAUGCCAGACCCAGUUCCGCAUCCAUCCGGGAUGCCAACCUGUACGUCAGCGGGCUCCCCAAGACCAUGAGCCAGAAAGAGAUGGAGCAGCUCUUCUCCCAGUAUGGUCGCAUCAUCACCUCUCGCAUCCUGGUGGACCAGGUCACAGGUGUCUCUCGGGGUGUGGGAUUCAUCCGCUUUGACAAGAGGAUCGAGGCCGAGGAGGCCAUCAAAGGACUGAACGGGCAGAAGCCGCUGGGUGCGGCGGAGCCCAUCACGGUCAAGUUCGCCAAUAAUCCAAGUCAGAAGACGGGGCAGGCGCUGCUCACUCACCUCUACCAGUCCUCGGCCCGGCGCUACGCAGGCCCCCUGCACCACCAGACGCAGCGCUUCCGGCUGGACAAUUUGCUCAACAUGGCCUACGGAGUCAAGAGUCCCCUGUCGCUCAUCGCCAGGUUCUCGCCGAUCGCCAUCGAUGGCAUGAGUGGCCUGGCGGGCGUGGGCCUGUCAGGGGGCGCGGCCGGUGCCGGCUGGUGCAUCUUCGUGUACAACCUGUCUCCGGAGGCCGAUGAGAGCGUGCUGUGGCAGCUGUUUGGGCCCUUUGGGGCAGUCACCAAUGUCAAGGUCAUUCGCGAUUUCACCACCAACAAAUGCAAGGGCUUCGGCUUCGUCACCAUGACCAACUAUGACGAGGCAGCCAUGGCCAUCGCCAGCCUCAACGGCUACCGCCUGGGCGAGCGCGUGCUGCAGGUGUCCUUCAAGACCAGCAAACAGCACAAGGCCUGAGCUGCCCCGCCGCCCCCGCCCCGGGCAGCAGAGAGAGAGAGAGAGAAAGAGAGAGAGAGAGAGAGAGGAGGGGCCAGAGAGAGAGAGCCCAGGCAGACCCACAGCCCUACGAAGCCACAGGGUGAGCACUCGGGGAGCAGGAGGGUCUGCAGGGGAGGGGGUGCCCGGGGGUCCCCCACUCCGCUCUCCCUGCCCCCCCCAUCCCAGGCUGGGCUGUUCACUCUCUCGUCUUGGUUUGGUUCAUGGUGAAGGUUAUUGUUUCUUUUCUCGGUUAAAAAGAAAGCAGAGACGAGCCCCCCAGUCCCCCCUCCAUGGGAUGGCUUGGGGGACAUGGGGUGCCCUCUCAGGCCCCCUUGCCCAGGCUUCCCAACACGUCGGAGGGCCUGGAGAGAGAGGGGAGGGAACAGGUUUAAAAAUCCCCAAAAAAGUGAAACAUGAAGAGGGGUGUGGGCAUUCCCAGCCCCCCAGAGCCCCUGGGUGGAAUUCGGGGAGCAGGGGGCGGGGCUGGA